CGCGGUUUCCGGUCGCGGCGGACGGUUCCCGCGGAGGGACUGUCCCGUGGCACCGGCGGGCUGAGGAGGGCACUGAGGCCCCGGAGCGGCGACAAUGGACGAGCACAGCCUGGAGGAGUUCCGUCGGCACUGGCAGGAGGAGCUGGCCCAGGCCCAGGCGCUGAGGAAACUGCGGCGGCAGCGAAGGGCCGAGGAGGCGGUCGGGCGCGGCGAGCAGGCCUCCGGGUACCUGGCGCUGGCCCAGGGCCUCCUGGAGGGCGCGGGGCGGCCCCCGGCGGCGCGGGCCACCCCGGCGGUGAGGCCGGAAGCUGCGAGCUGCUCCCACUCUCCUCCGGUCCUGGAAGGCGCGGGGGGCGGGGAGCAGCUGGUGGACCAGCUCAUCCGCGACCUGAAUGAAAUGGAUGAUGUGCCCUUCUUUGAUGUCCAACUGCCCUAUGAAUUGGCAAUCAAUAUAUUUCAGUAUCUGGACAGGAAAGAUCUAGGAAGGUGUGCACAGGUGAGCAAGACGUGGAAGGUGAUUGCUGAAGAUGAGGUGCUGUGGUACAGACUGUGCCAGCAGGAAGGACACCUUCCGGAGAGCAGCAUCUCGGAUUAUUCAUGCUGGAAACUCAUCUUCCAAGAGUGCCGAGCCAAGGAACACAUGUUAAGAACCAACUGGAAGAAUCGCAGAGGCGCCGUGAGCGAGCUGGAACACAUUCCCGAGGCAGUUUUAUGUGAUGUGCAUUCUUACGAUGGUGUUGUCAUUGCUGGAUAUACAUCAGGGGACGUGCGAGUGUGGGACACCCGCACCUGGGACUAUGUGGCCCCCUUCCUGGAAACUGAGUAUGAGGAGGACGAGCCUGGAAUGCAGCCAUACGUCUCCUUUGUGAGGAUAAACAGCUCGCUGGCGGUAGCAGCUUAUGAGGAUGGAUUUCUUCAUGUUUGGGACCUGAGGACUGGGAAGCGUCCUGUCCAUCGCUUUGAACAUGAUGCACGCAUACAGGCACUGGCACUCAGCCGGGAAGGUGCCACUGUUGCCACUGCCUCUGCUUUUGAUGUUGUGAUGUUGUCUCCCAAUGAAGAGGGGUACUGGCAGAUAGCUGCAGAAUUUGAAGUUCAGAAAUUGGUUGACUACCUUGAAAUAGUCCCAGAUACUGGACGGUACCCUGUGGCAAUAGCCACUGCUGGAGACUUGGUGUACCUGCUAAAAGCUGAAGACUCAGCCAGAACCCUCCAUUAUGUCUACGGCCAGCCUAUUACAUCUCUAGAUGUUUCAGCCAACCAAGUUGCUUUUGGUGUGAAGAGUCUGGGAUGGGUGUAUGAAGGAAACAAGAUCUUGGUAUACAGCCUGGAAGCAGAACGCUGCCUCUCGAAGUUGGGUAAUGCACUUGGUGACUUCACUUGCAUCAACCUCAGGGACAGUCCCCCCAGCCUCAUGGUCAGUGGCAACAUGGACAGGAGGGUGAGGAUCCAUGACCUCCGCACUGAUAAAAUCGCCUUGUCGCUCUCCGCCCACCAGCUUGGGGUCUCUGCUGUCCAGAUGGAUGACUGGAAAAUCGUCAGCGGAGGCGAGGAGGGGCUGGUAUCCGUGUGGGAUUAUCGGAUGAGCCAGAAGCUGUGGGAGGUCCAUUCCAGACACCCUGUGCGGCACAUCUCCUUCAACAGCCACCGCCUCAUCACAGCCAACGUGCCCUAUGAGAGGGUGGUGCGCAACAGUGACCUGGACAGCUUCGCCACCCACAGGAGACACCGGGGGCUGAUCCAUGCCUACGAGUUUGCAGUGGACCAGCUGGCCUUUCAGAGCCCUCUGCCCAUCUGCCAUUCCUCCUGCAACACCAUGACCGGCUCCAACUAUGACCUUGCGCUGGCUUUUCCUCAUGACCGUAUUUAAGCAUCACCUCAUUUUGGGAGAAAAACCAAUUUUACAGAUUUUAAAACCACAUGGGCACUCGCAAUGGGAAGCAAAUGUUGGGGGGAAAGGAAAGCCGCAGGAUGGGAGAGCCUGUGCGGGGCUGCAUACGCUAACCCUUCACUCUCCUCCUCUGCUGGUCACUACCCUUGGCCACCCGGGGAAACCUGGAAUUUGUUGCAUCUUAGUCCUUUCUCCGUUCUCUCUCCUGAGCACCUCUGUUCUGUCUCCUGUGGCUUUGAGUGUCAUGACUCAGCCUCCAUCCCCCUGGCACCACCUCCAGGUCAGCCUCUCUCAAGAGUGACACCUCUACCCUUGCCCAGUGCUCCAUCCCCAACCCUUGUGUAUCCCCGUGGGGUUCUGCUGGGCCUUCUCUGUGCUCCCUCUCUGUAGGCCAUGUUCCCAUCUCCUUACUGUGUCUUCAGGGGCCUUGGGUUGUGCUGCCCAAGACUUUGGAUUGCAACUCCAAACUCUUGUGGUUUAGGAUGGAACUCAGGGCCACAUGCAUGCUAAACAAGCCACCUGCCACAGAGUUGCACCCUAGUGUGGUAGAUCUUAGAUUCCAAACUAUCACCACCAAGUGUAAACCUGGGGAAGCAGGGCUUUUUCUUCACGUGAUUGUAGCCCUUGGUAAACGCUGUAUUUGUACCACUGUGUCUACAACAUGGGAUGCAAAGUAAAUAUUUUCUAAAUA